AUGACCAGGUCCGAGUUUAUGAUGUCGCAGUCGCAGUCGCAGUCGCAAUCGCCGUCUUACAGUGGUGUCAUUACAAGUAAUAAAAAUAUGAAUUCACGAGUGAAUAAACAUGUGGGGCAGUUACCAGAGAAUCUGCGGCUGAAUGGUAAGACUCCCAGUGGGAAACCGAGGUUGUUUGUGUGUCAGAUUUGUACACGAGCGUUUGCUAGGCAAGAGCAUUUGACUAGACACGAGAGAUCACAUACGAAGGAAAAACCUUAUAGUUGUGGAAUUUGUAAUAGAAAUUUUAGUCGCAGAGAUCUGCUGCUGAGACAUGCGCACAAGGUCCACGGAGGGAAUUCCGGGGAUUCUAUUAUUAGGCAUAACAAGAGUAAGAUCGCGAAAAAGGCUGCGGGGCGCAAACAGCAGCCUACGGUGAAACGUAGAGCUUCCUUCAGUGCACAAUCCGGGAACUAUAUGGCACCUUCGCGCAAUGAGGAAAAUCACAAAUUUGAUAGAGUUAAGUUCUCUACGCCUGAACUUUUACCAAUAGAUUUUAAAGGAGGCGAUGAGGAGCAUGCGAAUCAUAAAGAGGAGCACGAGAGUCAUACUGUGUUUGAGGCCGACUUUCCUCAGAUUUCACUUGAUACACCGCACGAUUUCAACUUAUUGGAUAGCGUUAACUGGAUCAAUGACUAUAACAACGAGAACGUGGUGACGUCAGGCACGGGAACCGCGGGAACGAAAUCGGGGGCAAGUAAUUCACCUGAAGAUGAUAAUUCACCAGUUUCCAAUACUGCAAGUUAUGGCCAAAGACCGUCUUUCAACCACCUCAAUAUUAGGAGUUCUUGGUCGAUAAAUGAGACUGAUGGCGCCUUACAGAUGAAGUCUUUGUUCAGUGACCGAUCUCCCUCGGUGUCAUCAAAAGAUAACAGUGUUAUACCGCCUUCAUCGGCUGCUCACUCAACGCCUUGGUUGUCAUCCACAGCACCAGCUAUAAACGACUUGCAAAAAAUAUCUAGCUCGAACAAUUCGGGAAUAAUCUCCGAGAGGUUGAGUCAUUUGCAAUUCGAGGAUGAUAUCGGGAAGUUAACUAAUUUUACUAAAGAUGUUCAAUCAAUCUUUGGAAGAUUCGCCCAGGAGGAGGCUGUAGAGCCCCAAACUGAGGCUACUAGGCCAGCGACGACGAAGCAAACUGACGAGCAUGAUAACAAUUAUACUUUUUACGGUUUGGAUUGCCUAGCUAUGUCUGAUAUUACAAGAGCUCCACCGCCAAAUGAUGCAGAGAAUUUAAAUCUCUCUUCCAAGUUAUUUACUCCUAAAUUGAGACAUAUGUGUGAACAUGCGUCGCAGUACUAUAAUGAACACUAUAAUGACGGUUCAUCCGGUGGCGACCCGGCUCUAACAUCUCAGAAGUUGGUACUGCCGAGUUGCGAUGAACUGAACGUAUACGCUUCUUAUUACCAAGAAUACUUCAAUUCGCAUCACCCAUCGAUUCAUCCUGAUUUCUUCAAUCUGGACUUGCAAUCGUUAAGGAGAUAUAUUUACGAGAGCGAUGUGAUAGAUGAAGAUACUGAUUGCUAUUUACAGUACUCGAAUUUGGCCUGUCUUCCAUUGUUUGUGGCCACGGUAGGUUCACUUUUUAAACCAGGUGGUAUCUUGAGGACAAUGGAGUUGUACGAGAUAAGCAGACGUGUACUGCACGUUUUCUUGGAGAGAAGAAAACUUCAACAGAGGCAACUUCCAAAGGGAAGAGGUAAUUUUGGGUCAGGCCAGCAUGUUUGGUUGAUUCAAUCGCUCACACUGAGUAUCAUCUUUGCACUCUUUGCAGACAACUUGGAAAGAAUCGAUGCACAAAUGCUUAAGAGACAGGUCUCGGCAGUUUGCUCAAUCAUUAAGAACAACUUCUUGUCUGUGGUCUCUGCCGAUAACAACUCAGUGACUCAUCAACAGUCUGACAGAUCACAUUUUGAAUCAUCUUUUGAAUAUAUCAUGUUUGAAUCCAAAAUCAGAUGCACUUUCAAUGCUUACAAGUUUUGUCAAUUCUUAAAGGUAUUUUAUCAUGUGGAAGGCAAACUUUUCUUGAACGAGCAAGACUUGAAGUUCAUAUGUAUUCCAGAUGAUGAAAAAACUUGGACUUCAGCUUCACUUCUCAUGCCGCAAUAUCCAAUGGUCAAGAGAAAUUUUGUCACCUUCGAGAACUUUUAUCAUAGCUUCACAUUCAACAAUUCGGGUAUGAAACCCAUUCCCGAAUCGUUGGCAUCAAUUAUGUUAUACUAUGAGUACAACGCAAGCGCUUUCUCUUCUUUCCAUAUCUUUUUAACAAAGAUAGAUACUAAGAAGCUGGAAUUGAACUUACUGCAAUCCCAAUCCAAUUCUAACCUUUCAGACAGCGAGAAGCUAGCUUAUACUUCAGUGUUGAAAGGUGAUAUUUUGAUUUUGCGCAAUUGCUUGAUGUCGAUAAUAUUCUUCUCUAAGGUUGAUGCUACGUUCGGUCCCAAGAUUUGGAAUGGCCAAAUGAGAGAACUUUUCGAAUCGUUUCUGCAAUCCAAAUCUUUAAACCUACUGACCAAGGGUUCAUACAGUUUGCUGACGGAUUUUUUGGUUGCUCUGAACUUCUCUAUUAAGAAUAUUGCAAACAUCUUGAAGCCUGUUAAGAAUCAUACUGCAAUAUAUCUUGACAAAAAGAUUUUAUCAAUGUUCAAUUUGCAAGCAUACCACAACGAUUUUUUGAUUUUGAUAAAGUUUAUCAUGGAUUUCGAAUAUAGCCCAAAUUUCAAACUACUCUGUAUUUUCACUGAGCUAAAAAAAUUGGCGAACUGCCUAUUGAUACCCUAUUUUUCCAAGUUAUACCCUCUCGAAUUUGCCAAAUUUGAAGAUAUAUCCAGUACCAAUGAUUAUUUCCACAACAAUCCUAUGCCAGACUCGGCUCAGUAUUAUACCACAAUUAACGUUGAUAAGCUGGAAAAGCUAAUCAAUAAUGUUUUGGUUUAUUCAUUCAAUGAUGCUUCUUUCUUGAAGAUGUCUGAUCAGCCAGCCCCUGAAUUUUCAUUCAAUAACAAUUACCCAACCUACUACCCUUUCUCCGCCUCUGUCAAUUUAUCACAAUCUCCACUAGCAUCAUCCGCAGGAUCUACUCAAGUCAAUUCAGAUACCACUCAGCCAAUGGCCAAUUUUUUUCACGACAGCAUGCAUUCGUCAACAAGUGACUCGCGUAUAAAUCAUGGAGAAGUGGCACCUUCCGAAUCAUCUGUUGAUUUACUUGCCAUUAAUAUUCAAUCCAAUGCGACUGUUCAUCCUGAUGGUUCUAACAAGCAACGUUUUGAUGAAAGGUAUAGACUAUCAGAAAAAUACAUUGUGGUGGCCAAGUGCUUCUUUAUGCACGUUAAAGAGAGCUAUGCGCACUGUCACAUCCUUGACAAAAUGACAAAUGAUUUUAAAGACUUGGAAUUAUUCUUGGACAGGGAAAGAAACUGUCCUAUAUCUGGGACGGACUUCAAUGGCCAACAAGAUCCUCCUGAAAGCUUUGGGAACGACUUCGACUUCGCGGCUGACACAACUGACAAGAUUAAUAAUAUUCAUGGCAACGAUAAUAGUGCCUCAGGAGAUAUUCUAACCAAUAUCUACGCUCCGAGGCAUAAUUAA